GCGUGGACCGAUCAGGUGACAAAGCAAGAUGGCGUCUGACGGAGAAGUCCCAAACGCGGGCAUUAUAUUUCUGUAUUCUUACAUAUAUGUUGUUUAAUAGAAUACACACGGUUAAUAAUAGUUUGUAGCCGGAUACAUUAGUCUGAGCGCACUUUGACACUUCUCCUGUUUGCUAGCUUCACUUAAGGUAGCUUGCAGCUAGUUUAGCUGGCUAGUUAGCUUAGCUUGUUAGCUGCUAACAAAGAGACGCGGAAGUUAUUUAAACAUCGCUAAGUAGGGAACUAAUGUGAGUGUAAAGUGUUGUGAUUGUGUGAAAAUGUGUGAAAGAACGAUGGCAAAGUAUGAGGAGGAACUUUGUCCAACAAAAGAGGAGAAGGAGCGACAACGUCAACUACUGGAUGUUUAUUAUAAGAAACAUCAUCAAGUUGUGUUACACAGAACAGAUGUUCAGCAGCCCCCCCACAUUAAAGAAGAAGAUGAGGAUCCACAGCCCCCCCACAUUGAAGAGGAGGAAGUUUGGAUCACUCAGGAGGGAGAGUGUCUUCUAGGGCAGGAGGAGGCUGAUCUCAGCAAGUUUCCACUGACUUUUGUCUCUGUGAAGACUGAAGAGCAUGAAGACAAACCACCUGAGUCCUCACAGCUUCAUCACAGUCUAACCUCAAACAGUCGGACUCCAAACUCCACUAUGGCCAAGACCAAAGAGCUGUCGAAGGACACCAGGAAAAGAAUUGUAGACCUGCACCAGACUGGGAAGAGUGAAUCUACAAUAGGCAAGCAGCUUGGUGUGAAAAAAUCAACUGUGGGAGCAAUUAUCAGAAAAUGGAAGACAUAUAAGACCACUGAUAAUCUCCCUCGAUCUGGGGCUCCACGCAAGAUCUCAUCCUGUGGGGUCAAAGUGAUCAUGAAAACGGUGGGCAAAAAUCCCAGAACCAUACGGGGGGACCUGGUGAAUGACCUGCAGAGAGCUGCGACCAAGGUAACAUCAGUAACACACUAUGCCGACAGGGAAUCUAUUCCUGCAGUGCCAGACGUGUCCCCCUGCUUAAGUCAGUGCAUGUCCAGGCCCGUCUGACGUUUGCCAGAGAGCACAUGGAUGAUACAGCAGAGAAUUGGGAGAAUGUCAUGUGGUCAGAUGAAACCAAAAUAGAACUUUUUGGUAUAAACAUUCCUCCCGAUUGUAGCUGAGAUAGGCACCAGCGCCCCCCACAACCCCAAAGGGAAUAAGCGGUAGAAAAUGGAUUGAUGGAUGGUAUAAACUCAACUCGUCGUGUUUGGAGGAAGAAGAAUACUGAUUUGCAUCCCAAGAACACCACAUCUACUGUGAAGCAUGGGGGUCGAAACAUCAUGCUUUGGGGCUGUUUUUCUGCUAAGGGGACAGGACCACUGAUCCUUGUUAAUGAAAGAAUGAUUGGGGCCAUGUAUCGUGAGAUUUUUAGCCAAAACCUCCUUCCAUCAGUAAGAGCUUUGAAGAUGAAACUUGGCUGGGUCUUCCAGCGUGACAAUGAUCCCAAACACACCGCCCGGGCAACGAAGGAGUGGCUCCGUAAGAAGCAUUUGAAAGUCCUGGUGUGGCCUAGCCAGUCUCCAGACCUCAACCCCAUAGAAAAUCUGUGGAGGGAGUUGAAAGUCUGUGUUGCUCAGCGACAGCCCCAAAACAUCACUGCUCUCGAGAAGAUUUGCAUCGAGGAAUGUGCCAAAAUACCAACUACUGUGUGUGCAAACCUGGGAAAGACCUAUAGUAAUUGAGACAUUUGUGAUUUGGGGCUAUAUAAAUAAACAUUGAUUGAUUGAUUGAUUGAAUUGUUUGACCUCUGUUAUUGCCAACAAAGGUUAUAUUACAAAGUAUUGAGUUGAAUUUUUGUUAUUGACCAAAUACUUUCCACCAUAAUUUACAAAUAAAUUAUUUAAAUUCCUACAA